GUGCUUGAAAACGGAGUUUCUGAAACCUUGAAGGCAUCGUGUAGAGAACCAGUACAGAAACCAGAAAAGCAGUUUCUUUAAAUCCGUUUGCGCCCACUCUGAGGUGGCUUACAAGAAGUCAGGCUGUGUAUGAGGGAAGCUAAAAAGGGGAAGUCUAAAUAGCCAGGAAAUUACCCGCAAUAAACUCAGUCAGUCGCUUCUUUGCUGCUUGUGGUCCAACGACUCCCCAAAAUCUGAGGCUGAAACUCAUGUCUGGAUGGACAUAACCAGUUUUGUACCGACUAUGAAGCUCUCUCCUGCUCUUCCAGUACUGUGGUACAGCUUUCUCCUGCUGCUGCGGGUCUCACAGAGUGAGCUCGCGGACUAUGAUCCAGACGUCGACACCUGUUCUGACGAGAAGGAUUUAGUCGAUGACGGAGAAGAAGAGUUGGAGGGGGCGUCUGUCGUCUGUACGAUGUCCCGAGCGAACAAACUCAACUGUUCCUGGUCGCUCCGCGCUCUGGAGACGGGCGCUCAGCUGUCCGUUUCUGUCAGGCUCUUUGAGAAUAAGCGCUUGGUCGAUUCUCGGAACCAAAGCUCAGCGAACGCCAUUGGCUUCAUAUCCUGGACAAUCGAUGGCGGCCAGAAUAAGUCUGUAGUCGUCGACUUUGACGUGAUCCAGCGUGGCGCCAGGACGCGUUACACCGCCGAGUUCGACGAGGAUAUAUUGAAUUUCCCGGAUCCUCCUGCAAACGUUGAUGCAUCGAUCCGGGACGGGAACCUUCACGUAAACUGGGAUGUGCCAAGCAAUAAUUUACUAUCACAUUGUUUUGAUUACCAGCUGGACUUCGGCGACCAGGAAAAACCGAGAAAAUUUUCAGCUAAGCGGCAAUACGUAGAGCCAAAUGCUGCCGCUCCCACCUACAGGGUGAGGAUGAGGACGAAGAUAUCGACCAACUGCUUUUGGUGCACCCAGUGGAGCGAGUGGAGCCCCACAGUCACGGUGGAGCAGCCAACGUACAGACUCGAUCCUCUCGUAAUCGCCUUGAUUUCGCUCGGAAUCCCCAUGAUCCUCCUGGCCGUGCUGUUGAUAUUGCGCCAUCAGAGGCUGGUCAAAGUUCUGUUUCCUCCGAUUCCUCGUCCCCCCGCCAAGUACAAACAUUUCCUGGAAAAGACCGAUCCGCUCAAUUUCUUCCAUCCUGUUCCAACAACUAAGGCCGAGGAAGAAAUCACUGAGGUGGAGGACGCAGAGCAGCCGCCUGCAACAACCCAUUAAAACAGUUCAGGGAGAAGGCGUGUAUUGACUGCCAGUCAUUCUGUAUCAUACUUACAUUGAUGAGCCAGCACACGUAUGUAGAGGGCACAUAAUGCUGCAGAUAUAUAACAGCUUAUGCAGAAACUGUAUUUAAAUACAUUCAUAAUCCUCUUCUGUGACGCUUGGGCUAAAAUCCCGUCAAUAAUUCAGAUUUUUAAUUGAAUCUGAAAAACGACAUGCAAGAUUGUGAAUUUUGCA